AUAAACCCGGUAAGGGCAACGACUGUUUCAGUUCAUCCCGUUAACAGUGAUUUACAGUGAGAACAGAUUUCCAGCCAGCCCCGGGUCGAGGUGGGCUCACUCGCUGAACUACCGAACAGGUGGUUCAUACAGUGGUGCACAGCGGUGGGGAUAUUUUUGAGUGCUGCCCAGACCCCUCUACAAGACCUCGAGUGUGUGCAUUUGUGUGCGUCGCGAGUGUAGCUCCGUCGCCACGCUCUCCACAGUGUCUCCGCUGGGACUCUGUUGUGACGCCGGCCUCUGUCACCUGCCGGCACACAACCUUCGCCGUCGGAAGUCGCCGAGAACAGGACUACAGCCUAUCAGCAGCUCAACCCGGAGGGCGAUCCUCCGAACUGCCCGCUCGAUGGUGAGGUCCAAGCACGCCAAGGGGUCGGGUGCCCUUUCUCCAACACAGGAGUCACCACAGGAAGGGACCUGUGCUGCACCCGCCCUGCUGCUCAUCACCGACUCUGAACCAUCAGCGACAGGCCAGUCAGGACGUCCGGAGGAGGCUUCAGGAAGUAUGUCGUCUCACGCCGAGCUGUCGGCUCUGUUACGGGAUGCCUUUUCGCGGAUCGCCGAGCUUGAGACAGGUUCGUUCCACCAGGCAUCCGCAGGCCUCUCAGCAAGCUCGUCCUAGUGGGAACGAUGCAGCAUCACCAGCUACGCCACGACCUCCUGUGAUUACACAGUGCACUAGUCUCCACGCCCCAUUUGCAAGACCUUGCACGGCCCUCAGUUACAGGUGCCUCUCUACCUCAAGUGCCUCCAUCCCAGCCUUUCCUGCAACAGCCGACACCUCUUGCACCACUAUACCUUGCCCCCGCCACCAACCAAUCGGCCCUGUCGCAACACCGCCUUUUCCCAGCGGCCGUGAUGAGAUUCCGCUCUUCUACGGAGAGACUCCUGCAUCCUUGGGUCUGCAGCGGAAUCGGGAGGUGGAAUCCUGGAUUGCCAGCAUCGAGCUUCUGACACAUCCAGCUACAGAUGACACCUUCAUCCGGAUGGCCCGUGGAAGGUCGCGUGGAUACGCCCAGACGCUUCUUGGCCCGCUCUUUGAGGGUGUGACGCUGUGGACCGAUUUCAAGGCAAAGCUGCGGAAGUUUCGUGGGGCAAGCACAGGCCAGCAUUUCUUUCAGAUGUUGGCCCAGACUCGGAUGGCACCAGGGCAGUCUCCACUGGAUUUCUACCAGGCGGUGGAGAUGGCUGUAAUCCAGGGGAGCCGGGAUUAUCCACAUGACAUCGGUUCGAAGGACACCUGCGUCCACACCUCUCCAACCACAGCAGGUGAGCGAACCUUGUCAACCUGCAGCACCCACCCAGUUCAGAGCAUCUCCUUACCAUGGUAAUACUCGCCGUCCCCGUUGGUGCCAGUUCCACCGU